AUGGGUCAACGCCACCAGCUCUUCGUGAUCGCCAAGGCCGGCAAGUACUAUCGCUCGCUGGCCGCCGUCCAUCACCAGUGGCUCUACGGCAUGAGCGCACUUCGCCAGUGUCUGCAGCUCCUCGAAAUCUUCGGCCACAGCGAGAACCGCCUCGCCUUGCAGCAGGAACUCCGUUUCGCAGAAGAAUACUACCGCGGCAAGGCAGCCCCCUCCCAGGAGCCGCCAGAGCUCUCAUGGGGUGACAGGGACAGUAUCUGCCCGUUCCCCUUCAUCACCACCUGUCUGAUGAUGGGUGCUUCUUUCAACCAGGAAUCAGCCCAGGCCAGUGCUGUCCACGAGGAGCCCUUCGGCAUGGGUUUCGACCAGGGCGACAACAACGACGGCAUCACUGUCAUCGACAUCACCGACUUGGAAAGUGUCAAGUACUGCUUCGUCAACUUUAUGGAUGACUACGAUGCAGAAGAAGAAGAAGGGACCCGCAGUCUACUGUACCAGCCCUUGACAGGCUGGCAAUACGUCAAGAAUUACUACUCCGAAGAUGACACUAUGACUCAAACCCACAUCCACUUGCCCACGAACCUGGACACGAAGCCUCUCAUCAACAUUGCGACUCUUGCAGGCAAGUUACCGCCCCUGAGCCUCUCCCCAACCACUAGCUGA